CUAGACCAAAGACUCGACAACCCAUAAAAGCCGCCACGCACACCUGGCUGGAAGCAUCUGGAGGCGUGGCGCUGGCACCGCAGCCGCAGCCGCAGCCGUCGUCCGCCAGCACCCAGCAGCGAACUGUUCCCCGCGGCGGCGAAGCACAGGAGAGAAGCGGCGAGCGAGAUCGAUGGCGCCGCCGAUGGACCCGCCCGACGUCGAGAUGGAGAUGGACCCCGCGCCCCAGCCUCCGGCUCCGGCGGUCGCUCCGGCGCCGGCAGCGGUUGGGGAGGGGUGGAGCAUGCUGUCCCGCGCCCGCGGGCUGCUCGAGGAGGGCAAGCCGUCCCUCGCUCUGCAGGCGGUUCUCCUGGCCAUAAGAUCUCAAGGUGGUGAACAAGCGCUCAUGCAGACAAUGAACCGUGCGCGUGAACUCUAUGCGCAGAGAUUGCAGGCCACUCCUAGUGUUGAUGAGCUUGCCUCUUUGCUUGCCCAAUGUGCCAUAGCAGAGGCUCAGUCAACAAAUACUAACCCUUCACAAGGACCUGGGUCAGACCCUGUCGAUAUGCUGAAUUCUGAUGAGGCCUGCAUUCUUGCUGAGAGUGGAAGGAAGCAGAUCAUCCUGGAUGCGUUUGCUGAUGGGAGCAGCUUCAUCUGCCUGAAAUGUGGUGGGCUCUUUAGCACAUCUCGCAAGGACGAGCACUUAGCCUACUGGUGCGGGACUGCAUGAUCCUGGUUACAUCUUGCUGUGGUUUAUCUAUGGUCACACCUGGCAAUGAACUGAUGAUCAUGAUACCCGUGAGAUUUUGUAAAACCUUUCUUCUGUUCCUAUUACUGCUUCUUUACUGCAGGGAUGCCAGAGAUGCAUCUGUUAAGUGGUAGUAAAUACAUUGCCGAUACCAAACUUUAUGAACGAAAGUUUCCAUCUAUAUCCGUUGUAUGUUGUACUUGUACUUUCGGUUGAUGGAAGGUUUUAAGAUGUUUGGCAUGGUCAUCGAAUUCCAA